GCUGAAAAAACUGAAAACAGUAGGUGGUGGCUACACCCUACAACUCUCAUUGGAACCCCCCAAUCCAUCCAUCCAUCCAUCAACACCCACUAGUUAAUCACUCCCAUAAACUAUUUAGCCCCUCCUCUGAUCACACACACUAGUGUGCACUAACCUUCCCUUAAUAAUAAUCCUCCUCAACCACUCUUGCCUUUUCCUCCCUCUUUGGGAAGAGCAGAGAGGAGUGAGAAAGGCACUAAUCCUUUUUCAUUAUGGGUUAAUUAGGGCCCAUAAUCUUGUGUUUAUUUUAGCCAUAAUCAUGGCCUGUCCCUCCUAAUCCCCAGCUUAAGAGUUAAGCUGCCCCUUCUUCUUCCUCCCAUCUUCUUACCCUAUCACUGUUGCUUGCUGCACUCUCUCUCUCUCUCUCUUCGUGGUCAGCUGAGCUGCAGGUUGCGGCUGGCUAGCUAGCUCGCCGUCGCCGGCGGCAUGUCUGGCGCCGGGGAGGGCGCCGGCGGGUCGGGGAGGGCGCCGCGGCUGCCGAGGUGGACGAGGCAGGAGAUACUGGUGCUGAUAGAGGGGAAGAGGGUGGUGGAGGGGCGAGGGAGGGGGAGGGGGAGGGGCGGCGGCGGCGGCGCGGCGGCGGAGCCGACCAAGUGGGCGGCGGUGGCGGAGUACUGCCGGAGGCACGGGCUGGAGAGGGGGCCCGUGCAGUGCCGGAAGCGGUGGAGCAACCUCGCCGGGGACUACAAGAAGAUCAGGGAGUGGGAGCGCUCGCUGUCGUCGCCGGCGGGCGGCGGGAAGGAGGUGUCGUUCUGGGCCAUGCGCAACGACGCGCGCCGGGAGAGGCGGCUCCCGGGGUUCUUCGACCGGGAGGUGUACGACAUACUCGAGGGCCGCGGCGGUAAUGCGGCGGCGGCGGCGAAGGAGGAGAAGGCGGCGGUGUUCGACAGCGGCCGCGCGGCCGCCGCCGCCGCCGGGGACGACGGGCUCUUCUCGUCGUCGGAGGAAGAGGAUGAGGACGAGGAGGCGACCCCGCCGGCGCCAUCUCCCGCGCCGGCGGCGGUGCCCCCGCCAGCAACCGAGAAGAAGACUGAUCCACCCAGACAAGAAGCCUCAGAGCAAGUGGGGACGUCCAGAGCCAAGCAACCAGAACAAAUUGUUGAGGACUUACCAGCUCAGGGUGCGCACAAGAGACAGCGCAGCGAUGACGCCUCAGGAGAAGCCCCUGAUCUGCAGGGCCAGCUGAUUGAAAUCCUAGACCAGAGCAGCCGGAUGGUAGCGGCCCAGCUGGAGGCACAGAACAUGAACUGCCAACUGGACAGGGAGCAGAGGAAGGACCAAGUAAGCAGCCUACUUGGUGUGCUUAGCAAGGUGGCUGAUGCACUAUACAGAAUUGCUGAUAAAAUGUAGCCACCACUGUACAUGUCUUGAGCACAGUAAAUAAUUACUCUGAAAGAAGGAAAAUGCACAGCAUAUAUAUCAGAAUGUACAGAUUGAUAUAGGGUUCAUUACAAUUUAGUUUUUUCUUGCCGAUUGGUUCUGAAAAAGAGAAUUGACUUGUUUUUCAAAUGUGAGAGUUAUGAACUAAUAUCAUUUAAACGAUCUUUUAUUUGUACACACGAUGGGCAAGAAUUGUGUUCUAUGGUGACCCUGGAAUCUUGAGGAUAAAUGCAAAUGCAUACCUGUAACACCAGGGACCAGGAUCGUUCAGUUUCUCUGUAAGUUGAUCUCUGAACUAUAAUGAACUGACAGCGAUAGUAACCACUAU